AUUAAUAUCAAACACUUUCACAUUUUGCCCUCCCAUCAAUAUCUCUGAAAGGGAAAUGGCUAGGAAAGAAUCAGACAGCAGCUCCUUCUCCAUGGGGAACACUGCCCAGGAGCAAGCCCUGCCUUAUGUUCCUGACUGUUACGUCGUGCCAUCGUCCUCUGCCGAUGAUCGGACGGCUGAUAUCCCGGUGAUUGACAUGGGCGGGUUGAGGCUGCAGGAUGCUUCCCAGAGGGCCAAUGUGGUCAGGCAAAUUGGCAAUGCCUCUCGCCAGCUAGGUUUCUUCCAAGUUGUGAAUCAUGGGAUCAGCGAGGCGGUGAUGGAGGCGGCGCUGGAGGCGGCGGCGGACUUCUUCAAGCUGCCGGCGGGGGAGAAGGCCAAGUUCAUGUCCAACGAUGUUUUCAAGCCGGUGAGGUACGGCAGCAGCAUCAAAGACGGGGAGGACAAAGUCCAGUUCUGGAGGGUUUUCCUCAAGCACUAUGCCAAUCCUCUCGCCCAAUGGAUUCAUUCCUGGCCCCAAAACCCACCUCACUACAGGGAAAGAGUUGGCGAGUACAGCAAAGAGGUGAAAAGAGUAGCCCUAGAGAUAGCGGAAUCCAUAACCGAAAGCCUCGGGCUCGAUCCGACGUCGCCGUCGUGCCAGCUGGCACAUAGGCUGGACGGGGGAAUGCAAACGAUGGCGGUGAACUGCUACCCGCCAUGCCCUAGCCCGGAGCUUGCCCUGGGCCUCCCGCCUCAUUCUGACUACUCUUGCAUCACCGUGGUGCUCCAGAGCACACCGGGCCUCGAGAUCCUCGACCCCAGGGAUGGGACCUGGAAGACCGCACCAGAUACUCGGGGCGCCCUCCAGGUCCACGUUGGGGAUCACGUCGAGGUCCUCAGCAACGGAACGUACAAGAGCGUGGUGCACAGGGCUGCCCUUAACUCGAGGAAGACGAGGAUAUCGAUCGCUAGCUUGCAUAGCCUUGGGAUGGAUGAAAAGAUGGCGGUUGCUAAGGAGCUCGUUGGUGGCGAUGAAGGGAAAGAGAGGUACAGAGAGAGCAGCUUCAGAGACUUUCUGGAUUCCUUGUCGAAGAAUGACAUUGGUACACAAGGGUACAAGAGCUUUAUUGAUACGUUGAGGAUUGAGGAGAAGUGAUCGUGGAGGUAUUGGUAAUGAUGCUUAUUCUUGUGCAACUGUAGUAAUGUGAAAGAAGUACGUAGUAUUGUGACAGAACUAAGAAUGUGGUAGCUAUUAUUUGUAUUUUCCGUUGCAUUGUGGGUCAGUCAUGGUGAUAUAUUUUUUUUCUUCGUGUUCUUUGCAACAUGAUGAUAAGUACUAGUGUGUUAUUUUUCUUCUUUGUAAGGAUGGCCUUUUCCAGGGAUCUACGUGCUAUAUAUGUUACAAAAAUAAUAAUAAUAAUGCAUGGAUCGAGCUGGUUUCUGUGCAUGAAAUGUGUCAUUUAUUAGACAAUGCGUUGUUUAAUAAUAAAAAAAUUUGCAA